AAAUUAAUCAUGGUAAAUUGUAAUUGAAAAUGAAAUUCUAAACGUAGAGCAUACACUCACUGGCACUGUUAGUGCACGCUCAACUGGCGAUAGCAGUGAAAAGUAGAUCACUAGAGAAGAAUGAACAUUUUCACCACAAUCCCAUGCUCGCACUACUUUGUUUUGUGUCAUAGGACCGAAGUAGCAGAAGGUUCGAGUUUGAGAAACUGAAUUUACGCAUUCAGUGAAAUAUCAUUCAAAUUGCCAUUCUGAAUGGACCCAGAGAUUCUCCAGCUGGCCGACUCUGUGCAAAAGGCCCUGGAAAUAUUUUACUCAAGUGGUGAAGAUGGUGCUAAAGAUCAUGCUCACCGUGUUCUCAGGGAAAUUCGCAGCUCUAAUCGAGCAGAUCAGCUGGCUUGGUUAUUGUUGUCUGACUUGACCAAGCCAUCGGUUGUUCACUUUUUCGCAGCCACGGCCCUCCGUGAAUAUGUCGGCAGAGAAUGGCACCAGAUGGGCAAGGAAAGGCACCAGGGAUAUCUUACUGAGAUUUUCAAGGUCCUGGCCCUCUACUACCAAGCUGAUCGCUUUCUGCACAUCCAGCUUUGCGUUGUGGCUGCUAAUAUCCUGCUUCGUGUUGGUUCAAGUCAAGACGAUGAAGUGGUCGCUAUGUUUGAUGCCUUGAAAAUGCUUGAGGCCACCGGGUGGCCAAAUCCAGAAGCGUACAGGCAUGCUGUUCUGUCCUUACUGACAAUCAUUCCAGAAGAGUUUUCCAGCAUCGAUAUCUCAGGUACUCACCGCAACUCCUUGCGCUGCAGCCUUCAACAGGCAAUCCCUGCAGUCUUGGAACUUCUUGGAACUAGUCUCCAGGCGUCCUUUUCACAGCCUGCUUCACAGACCAUGCAAGUCCUGAGGUGCUUCAACAGUUGGGCGAAGUUUGGAAUACCGUUGAAUGACAUGGAGCCGUUGCUCCCCACCUUCUUCCAGCUGACUGAAAGGGUGGAGUUGUUUGAGGACUGUGUUGACCUGCUCUGUGAGACCAUUGUCAAUGGUGACAGCCAUCGGUUUCCCAACACUGUCCGCUGCUUCAUGUCCUUGACUGUUGGCAUCCAUGCACACUUUGAGUCUGCCGUUGCAGAAGGUCGAAUGGAUUUUUGCCAGGAGAUGUCGCGCAUCAUAGUUGCUGUUGGCGAGAACCACUCCAAACUGUUUAUUGAGUGGCGAAACCAAGAAGACAUGAAUGUUGCUCUGCAGUUUAUUAAAUUUGCACUGCAAUGUUCAACUCUUCCAGGACGCUACCCGUUUGAUGAACAGUGCACUGAUGGAAUGCUCUACUUCUGGUGCCGAUUCCAGGAAGACAUUGAAAGAAUAGACAAAUCUGAUCUCAAGGCGCUUCUCUGGACAUCAACGUUUAGUCCCCUAUUGCAAGCUCUCAUUUCGAAAGUGGAGAUUCCUUCUGGCCAAGCGCAAGAAGAAAUGUGUGGCAGUGAUGAGGAGAUGUUCUAUUCUUUCCGACAGGAAGCAGCUGACACUGCGUCAAUGAUAUCACGAGUAUACUUUGAUGAGUGCAUGACGCUCGUCCACGAUACACUAGCUCAGCAUCUAGCCACUGGAGCACAGUGUUCCUGGCAGGCAGUCGAGGCAAUUUUCUAUGUGCUGAGGACGUUCAACGACACAGCCGUCCACCUUGAGGAUGCCAUGUGCAGUGAGUCGCAACAGUCUUCGCCCGGCCUCCACCAGCUUUCCAACAUAUUCCGGCAAUCGCUGGGCCAACUGCCGACCGAGCCCAGGCUUCAACGCACACUGUAUCGUCUCUUCUGUUCAUAUUCAGAAUGGCUGCUACACCAUGAUGAACUGAUCGGACCAGUUUUGUCUCUGCUCGUGGCCGGCCUGCAAGAGGGCAAACUGGCUCGCACAACAUACACUGCGGUCGAUGCUAUCUUUGAGAUCUGCUCCGAGGGCCAGAGGGAGGUGGUGCCGUAUUUAGAUCAGCUGAUUGCAGUGUGUGAGGGUGCGACCCUUCGCAAGCUGCCAAAGUGCCGCGCACGGCUGUUUGAGGCGGUCUGCUCUGUGAUAUCGUCACUGCCAGCGCAGCAUUGCUUGCUGUACGCUCAACAGUUUAGUGCGCCACACCUGGCUCGACUAGAGCAGCUAGCCACUGCAGGGGUCUCUCGAGAAGUAGAGGAACAACUGACUUCUGAGCUUCAGCUGCUCAAAUCUAUAUUCCAGCGUAUUGAUCCUGAACACGAAGAUUUCGGUGAAAUGUCUGCCCAGGAAAAGGCUGCCGUUCUCGAAACUCAUCCGGUGCGUGUUGUGGUGGCAGGGGACAGCCUGUGGCAGUCAUUGAACUUGAUUUUCCAACAAUGGUCAUCGUCCAUCCCAGUUAUGCAGGCUGCCUGCACCAUGCUGCAACGUCUCGUGUUGAACAUUGGCGAGGGCAUCUUGUUUCGUUUGGACGCCUUGCAGCUACUAGUGGCACAAGUUAGAGACCUUCCUGUGAUCGGCUUUGCUCUGGAAUUGGUCACGCAUCUGCUGUGGAAUUUUUCGCCGUCAUGCGACGGUGCUUCAUCUGCGCUGGUGUACCAGCUAGUCGCACACUACUCCCCACUGCUGUCCUUACUGGCUGCUGAUCCCUCUGGCAACCCGGAUUUGACGCAGUCAUUCAUUCAGAUGUUAUGCCGAGUACUUCGCACUGUACCUGAUUGGGUUUUCUCAGACGGUGCUGCCCUGGAUGCAGCACUGUUGCUGACUUUCCUCCAAUCUGCUAUCGCUGUUGCUGAGGUGCCUGUUGUGGAGCAAGCCUGCACGGCCCUGGUGUUGUACAUUGAGGAGAUCUGCAAACGUCAACUGGCUGACCAUCUGUGGCAAUACAGCAGCGGUGAUCUUCUUGGCAACCUACUCUCGGCGCUUCUGAGGAGUGCUGCGGGUCGUCAGCGUAACUCCCUGUGCAACGUGCUGUUCUCCCUGUAUCGACAGUUUCCGUUGCAUCUAAAAGAUGCGCUGGAGGCUGUGUUCAGUAGUAUCCCGCCAUUCGUUCAAGUCCCUGCUGAAGAGAAGCAGAAGCUGUUCAAGAUCCUGCCCAGAGAAAGAAAUAACCGGCGCGUGGCACGCGAGGGAGUGUCGGCAUUCCUGCAGGCGGUGGCCAGUACGCAGGCUCCCGUCGCCUGAAAGCACACGGACCUGUGGUGCUAGUCUAGUGUCUCCUGGACUGAACUGCCAGCUACAUGAUGUACAAGUGUGUGCACACAUGUUGUGUGUAGAGUUUCUGUCAUCUAACCGUUACGUUUACAUUUCAAGAGUUUUUGUGUUUUGAAGUUUCUAUACCAGUUUGGUGGAUUGUGCAUUUGCUACAGAAGUGCACAUUCUUUUUUAUCUUUAAAAAAAAGUUUUUUAAGACAUAGCGUAGAAGAAAGUCAGCUUUUUGGCUCCCUGUUUUAUGUGCUUGUACAUACUGGAAUAUGCCUGCCUGCCUGUCUCUCUCGCUCUCUGUUGUACAGUUUGGGGUUUUCAUAAUUAUGAUAUGUACAGUUCUUUCCCUUCUUUCAUUCACAUAAUAUAUGCCAGUACGGCGUUAGAAUGUCCAACUUUCUACACCGGACAUCAUCAGCUUUUGUAAAUAUUGCCUGUACUGCCGCACAAAGUAGCUGUACAUUUGAACAAUGAACAUUCCAGUUCCACCGUAACCAAAAAGCCGCUCUCAUUUGAACAUAUCUGGCGUUUACUUCAAGUACGAGUAUAUUUAGCUCUCACCUUCGCGGGAGACUCUUUGAAUACUGUAAAAAAAUAAUAAUAUUGCCGAGCCAA